CCUGAUGCUACUUUCCGUAUCCGCAGGUAAAAGCUUCGAGGAUUCCGAUGAACGCUAGUUUCUCUGUUCAGCCCAUCCACCACAGUCCGGGAACCCAACAUGGCAGGCAAAAAGAAGAAAAGUACUGUCGACCGCGGUCCAACGGCCUUACACAAGUAUUGCGGCACUGGAUUUGAGGAGUUCUACGCCGACCCUCCCAUGACCCCUGCCGAAGCCCAAGAAGAGCGUGAGAACAUCUACCACCCAGACCUUCCUUUUGUUGAGCGCAUCGAGGCGUGCAUCCAGCGCUACCGCGCCCGCCGCCGACUGGGCACCUCGGACCAGAUCUUCAACAAAUACCUCUUCCUCGGCGGCAUCGACUCCACCCCGCGCAUGUUUAGUGGCCACGUCGAUGCUGACUUUCAGGACAUGACCCCGGAGGAGAGGCGGGCCGCGACUGCCGUCGACACCGUCCACGUGUCCGGCGGCGGUAGCCGCUUCUACAACGAUAGCGACCGGGCUGACUGGGACGUCGACUUUGCUGGCGUCGCCGCGGGAUUCCUAUCUGAGAACCUCCCAGUGAUGACCGCCUGGGACUACCCCCAGAUGGGAAAGGCCGUCGGCGUGUUAGAGAACUUCUUCACAUAUGUUCUCCAACACGAUGUCUGCCCCGAGUAUGACGCCAACGUCAAAGAGGCACUGGCUGUCUGUCAGAGAGCCAAGGUCGAGCUGCCUCAGACGCACCAGGCGCUCCUGCUCUUCCCGGGAGAGUUCAACCUGGCGUUGUCGGAGCUGUUCUGCGAAGAUUACUACUUCUUCGGGGAGGGAGAGUUUCAAAGGCCCGCGAACUUUGCACCCGAGAACGUCGUCAAGGUUGCGUUAUCAACAGCAGGGAGCCAGAAGCAGUAUGAAGCAGCGAUAGAGGGCUUAGCCAACAAGUCGAUCAAGGUCGUUAGCGAGGAGGAAUGCGGCAUGGAAGUCGUUUCUGUCCAUCGUCCAAGCACCGACUCACGUAACCUCGUCCGCAGCGUCGCGCUCGACAAAGGAGGACCAUUUGCGCCCAUCGGUUGGAUGGUCGCAAAGCCGUGCCUGAUUGAAGACGGCUUCGAUCGUGGAGAGCACUUUGAGCUGUCCGAGGAGGAGGAUACCUUCUUCCUGGACGACGCUAUCCUAUCGAGACUGGAGCCAGGUUUCAAGCUGCAGCUCUGCGUCUGCGAGCUCAACAUUGGCAUCAAGUUCAUCAAGCAGGCGCGGCUCGUGCUCGUCGAGUGGCACACAUUUCUGCCGCAGAAUCUUAUGCUGCACUUCAAGGAGCCCGUGCCGAACGACCGGCCUCCUCAGUCAGCCGCAGUGCCCGAGGCUGAAGGUGGUCCUGCCAAGGUGACCGAGCAGGCGUCGGCAGAGUCAUGAUUGCCGAGAGCCGUCAUUGGAUUCAGGGUUUGGCAGGUUUGUGACGGACAUUCAAAAGGGGCAACGGGAGCUGGCGUUGCCGAGACAGCACGGGAAAGGAGGAAGGACUGGCGUUUCGGAAAGAUUAGAUCUAGACGCCCCCCAUGGUUGAAGGGAAUUCUGGGAUUCUAACUAUAUGAAUGGUGCAGUGAAUAA